GGUCAAAGUUACCGAGCCAUCUGUUGAUUUGAAAACAAGAUCUCUGCGCUUGGUAGGCAGGACUACGUCGGCGGCUUGAGGUCGUCAUGGGCAGAGCAUAGCUCCGUGCCAAAACCUUGAUGAAGUUUCGCAACCUCGAACGACCCGUGUGUGACCAUCGGAUAGACCGGGUACUUAUGUCGAGCAACUUCUAGCCUCCGGCUGCUCCCAGUUGUUGGAGGUCUCACACUCGGCUCCUCCGAAAGAGUUCAGGAAAUGGACCGAGCGGAGGCCGAGGAAGCUCGCCGAGAGCGCGACCGUCUGUACGUGAGCAAGGCGGAAGCGACUUUCGCUCACGACGAAGUGCUGCCGCCGCUGCCGGUGCCGCCUCUCAGGCAGACCAUCGACAAGUACCUCGACUCCGUCCGUGCGGUUGCCUCGGACGAAGAGUAUGUGCUCACUGAGAGCACCGCCACCGACUUCGAAAAUGGCGUCGGCGCAGAGCUCCACAGGAUGCUGCUGCAGAGGGCGCAGCACUCCAAUAACUGGCUGGAGAAAUGGUGGGAGGACAUGGCAUAUCUGUCCCAGCGGCAGCCCCUGCUGCCCAACUCUCACAUGGCCGGCACAUUCGCGCUCUUCGCGGACGCCUUCCAGUUCCAGGGUGGCCGCAGCCUGUGGGCGGCGAGGAACAUCACCUACUACCUCGACUUCUGGGCUCUUCUCAGGCAAGAGAGGCUGAAGCCGCAGUCAUUCCGAAAAAUCCCGUGGACCAUGCACCAGUUCAGGAGGUUCUUCAACACUGCGAGAAUACCUGCCGAAGGAAAAGACGAGCUUGUCUGCAAGUUUCUCACUGAGGCCGAGGAGAGCUACUCAGGCGAGUCACCAACCCACAUUGUGGUGCUCCAGGGUGGCCGCAUAUUCACCUUUGAUCUGCUAAAUGAACGGCGAGAGCCCCUCACAGCGGCCGAGAUCACUGCUCAGCUCGAUCACAUCGACAACGCAUGUGCGCGCUUGGGUCCUGGUGAUGGUGUGGGUAUCCUCACCCACGGAGACAGGGACAGUUGGGCACAGAAUCGCAGACUGCUCCGGAGUCUACACCCGGAUAAUGAGCGUUGCUUGCGCCUCAUUGAGGAUGCCAUGUUUGUGCUCGUCAUGGAUGACGCUUCACCAAAGAACAGACAAGAGGUUAUGAGUGAGUGCUUGAAAGGGGACUGCACAAAUCGGUGGUUGGACAAGUCGUACUCAGUCAUUGUUUUCAAAAACCUCACCCUGGGCUCUUCAGCUGAUCACACACCAUUUGACGGAAUGGUUCCUGUUACCUGUGCUCAUUAUGUACAUUUGACAUACCUGGCAACAAAACUUAAUCCGGACGACGGAACUGUUCGAGCUGCCCUACCCGAGCCAGAAGAGUUGCAGUUUCAGCUCAACCAAACGUUGGUGUCCGAGAUGGAACGUGUAAAGAUGGAGUACUACGCCUUGUGUGACAACCUGGAUGUGGUAUGUGAUGUCUUCACCGGCUACGGCAAGGGUUUUAUGAAGCCGGUGCGAAUCCAUCCAGAGGCGUUCUUGCAGGUUGCAAUCCAGCUAGGCUACUACAAGCUACACAGAAAACCGGCUGCGACGUACGUGACAGCAUCAACACGAGCCUUCUAUCACGGCCGUACAGAGACGUGUCGGGCCUGCACGCCUGAGUUGGUGGAUUUUGUGAAGGCUGCCACAGAUGGCACCUACUUCGCUUACAAGAGUCGUACGCUCUUAAAAGAAUCUGUGCAGAAGUUUGAAAAGCUGAUGGUCGAAUGCUGCAAGAACCACGGUUGUGACCGGCAUUUGAUGGGCCUUGCACUCACCGCCUUGGAAGAAGGCAUGCCUUUGCCUGACCUCUUCCUAGACCCUGCAUUUGUCAAGAGUGGUGGAAACGGCAACUUCAUACUGUCGACCAGCUGCAAUGGCUACACGCCACUGAUUGGCUGUGUAGCACCAAUGUGUAAAGAUGGCUAUGGUGUUUUCUACAGCAUCGAAGAGAACAGGAUCAUCUUUGCCAUGUCUGCCUUCAAGGACAGUGACGAGACCGAUGCACGAGCUUUGUACGAGAACAUUGUGCAUGCCCUGUUUGAUCUGCAAGGUCUGCUGCUCUCGGCCAAGCUGUGACGCGGGACGGCCGAGUCUCCGCGUAAUCGUUUUAUUCGCCGGGGAGGAGACGUCACCUGCACGGCCCGAUGUAGAUCAAUCAAAGACCAAGGGCUGUGUCGAGGCGUUCUCUUUAACACUGUGAUUGUACCUCGUAUUUUAUUUUUGUGAAUGUUUUGAUUUAGCCAUAUUUUAUUAGGUAGCUGUUUGUACUAUUACUUUCUUUUUUACCAUGAUGAUAUAUAUUUUCAGACCCUAUUUUUUACGAACAACAAACAAUGCACGACAAUUGUAUGCAGAUAUACUGUUUAUAUACGCAAGGUAUUCACAAGUAAGGAUGUGUACAGUAAAUGUCCAGCACAAGCUUCUUAUUUGACUUUUUUAUUUCAACUGUCUUUUCAUGGCAAAUAGGCUGAACGAACUCUACCUGUUCAUUUUAAUAAGUUCACUGCAAGCGGGAACCUUAACUACGUCGUAAUUUUCACAGCCCUGCUAGUUAAGCGUUAUUUAUCCUUUCCACGGUAUGAUGCAAAAGUUCCAUGUACGUGGAAGUCAUGUUAUAAAUAGACUCACAAUAAGUAAACCACUCAUAUUUCAUGCUCUUCGUUGAUUUAAGUUAAUUUAAAAAUGUUUCAAAUGCCUAUGGUGUUGUAAGUCUAUACAGAAGCUGCUUGCAUCGAACUCCCGUCAUUCAAAUAUAAAUGUUUAUUCAGACUUUAUUUUUCUGUACCAAAAACAUUUGCUGUCGUUGUUUUUUCUAGUUGAAAAUUUAUGCUUGUCUAUUUUUCAACUGUCCAAAUAAGUCACUUGCCUGCUUUUGCUUGUCAAAGCUGUCCAAACAACAAGCAGAUAACGUAAAGAACUUUGAAGCAUUGACAAUGCACAUGAUGCUCUGUACUCUCUGCCUUUUUUUAUAUGUUGCGCAAAGUCAUGCUUUGCUUGUGUUCUGUGAUCCAAGCUUCUGAUAAUUUUGUAUAAACAUCUGGGGUACUCUCGCGUCUGAAUUGUCACUUGGUUGUUUUGAGUGGGGAUUUGAGAAGAUAUCGUAUUUUUCGGAUGUCAAUGAGAUACUUCCUGUUGGAGUAAUGUUAUUUUUUUUUUUCUCUACUUAACAUAUGAGUUGUAAAUAAUUUUAUUGAUACAACAUUUCAACUUUGCUCGAGUGUCAGUACAGAUCUGUUGUAUUUCUGUUGAAGAAAACUUAGGGUUCAUUGUGGAAGUUCAACCAAAUUUGUAGUUAGCUCAAGAGUCUUAAUUUGGGCACUCUAUAUGAAUCAGUUAGUGUUUACAAACAAAUGCAUUUAAUGUUGCCAAGACAAUGGUCUACCAAUGCAAGAUACUAUAAUGGCUUCAAUAAAACAGGAAAUGUAAAGACAUUACUUCUCGUUGUGAAACCUCCUGUUGCUGAUGUACGCCAGGAGUGUAUUGUGGGCUGGUGAAAAUGAAAAGCCUAUUGCAUAAAAUGGGAAAGUUAAAUAAAAUAAAACAACUGCACCACUUGUGUCA